AUGUCAGUCUCGGACCCCUUCGGUUUGCAGUUAGCCAAGUACACUAAUGUCGCUGCAUCAGCAAUCCUAAUUUAUGACUACUUUGUCACCUUACACUCUGAAGUCCAAUGGGCCUGGGGACGGAAGUGGGGAAUCAUUCGGAUUGCCUUCACGAUUUCACGAUAUGUACCUUUUGCUGGUGCACUUAUGACUUCGUACUCCGCUGUCAAGACAUGGGGCACGCAAGAUUGCGCACCUUUUAACGAUGCCGUAAAUGGCAUACAUUUUUUGGGCAUCAUCGCCUCGGAAGGUUUAUUGAUUUCUAGGGUCUACGCCUUCUCUGGCAACAAAAGGGCUUAUCUUAUCACUCUUCUUUCCUUUGGUUUGGCGAUCUUGGUGACGUCUGUGAUUCUAAGUGCUGCCCCCAUCAAUUUCAAUAUCCCAGAACCAGUCACGCCGCCUUGUGUGUUGGAGGGGGCUCGUAGUAGUGCCAUCCCAUAUGGACUCUUGAUGUUAUUCGAGAUAGCUCUCAUGUCCACUACUGCAAUUUUGAGAUAUCGACACUAUCUGGAUUCUCAUAGUGUGCUGGUGAAGAAUAUUUAUCGUGAUGGACUACUCUACAUGUUCUGCAUCAUGAUGAUAUCUACAGCCAAUGUCAUCGUUAUCGCUGCGUUGCCUAUCUCGUACAGCGAGAUGCUAAACACACCUCAGAUUGUAGCGCACAGUGUUCUUGCUUCUCGAAUACUAUUCAAUCUUCAAGUAAGCAGGGAGGAACCGCUCUUGCACACCUACCGAUCGACUAAGGCUAAUGCAAUGGAAUUACUAUCCCGUCCACAUGAAUUCCAAGCGCGGUCUAGAGGCAGUGUGACAGCUUGUGAGCCAGAUGAAGCUUAG